GAGCCGGCGGAGCAGGUGGGGGCGACGGCCCCGCCUCCGCGUCCCGGCAGCCCCAGAGCUGGCUGCCCGGGAGUGAGCGGCGCUCACCGAGCGCGGCAGCCAGCUCGGCGCGGCCGCAGCGGCCGCAGGGGCGCUGCAGGACGGAGCCCGGAGCCUAGAGACGGCGGCAGCGGCGGGGACGGCGGCCAGAGACGAGUCCUGUCCUGUGCUCCGCGCGGCCAGAGGCAGAGCAGAGACCAUUCUCUUGGGACCAUUCAUAAGCAAGAGACACCCACGCUGUGACAUAUGCCAGUGCCACCGCCACCUCCACCACCACCUCCUCCUCUGCCUCCACCUCCCCCACCGCUGGGGGCUCCUCCUCCUCCCCCACCAUCAGUGCCCCUGAUAAGUACAGAUGCUUCCAGCUUGAGAAGGGCAGAUCCCAAAGGUCGAAGUGCACUGUUGGCUGAUAUCCAGCAAGGAACUCGCUUACGAAAAGUCACGCAGAUCAAUGACCGCAGUGCCCCGCAAAUCGAGAGUUCUAAAGGAACCAACAGAGAAGGAGGAGGUCCUGCAAACUGUCGAGGCGGGAGCACACCCCCAGCCCUAGGUGAUCUGUUUGCUGGUGGCUUUCCAGUGUUACGACCGGCAGGUCAGAGGGAUGCAGCAGGUGGCAAGACAGGGCAGGGCCCUGGCUCCCGAGCGCCGUCUCCCCGGCUUCCCACCAAAAGUAUCAGCGGCCCAUUCAACCCCCCUGCAUCUCCCAGGCUAGGCAACGCCUCCGAGGCGCACGGCGCGGCCAGGACAGUCCCUCCUCGCCCCACCAUGCCCGCCCCACCUCCCCCCAUCCCGCCCCCACCCCCCCCACCCUUGCCCCCACCCCUGCCCCCGUCCUCCCCCAUCAAAGCUCCGCUGGUGUCCCCUCCUGGCCCACCGACCAAAGGGAGCCCCCCGGUGGUUCCAUCCCCGGUGGUGGCACCCCCUCUGCCCUGUGCGCCGCCUCCUCCACCCCCGCCGCCUCCGCCGCCUCCACCACCUCCGCCGCCGCCGCCCCCGGCCUUGGUUCCCAGUGACAAGGCAGUGAAGCCUCAGCUGGCCCCCUUGCCUCGAUCGCCCAUCCCAGCCCCGCUCCCUCUCCUCCCACCUUGUGGGUAUCCCGGGCGCCAUGCGGAUGCGGCCAGCCCCGCCCAAGAUGUUCGGGAGCCUCCUGCCCCGCCACCCCCGCCACCCCCACUCCCCCUUUACGCCUCAUGCACCCCCAGAUCCUCUUUGCCUGUGCCCCCUUUACCAGGCGCUAACAGCAGUGGUGAAGCCCCACCCCCACUGCCCCCCAAGUCCCCCAGCUUCCAGGCCCAACCACCCAAGCCCAGCGUGCAGGCCUUGCCGGUGCCACCCACCCCUCCAGGGUCUCAGAUGUUUCUGCAGAAGAAGAGGCCAGGCCGAGGCCCUGGGACCAGUGGGGGAAAGCUAAACCCACCCCCAGCACCCCCCGCGAGGUCACCCACCACAGAGCUUUCAAGCAGGAGCCAGCAGGCCCCAGCCUGGACCCCGACCCAGCAACCGGGAGGUCAGCUGCGGAACGGAAGCCUGCACGUCAUCGAUGACUUUGAGUCUAAAUUCACGUUCCAUUCUAUGGAAGACUUUCCUCCUCCGGAUGAGUAUAAACCAUGCCAGAAGAUUUACCCCAGCAAGAUCCCCAGAAGCCGCACACCUGGUCCCUGGCUCCACGCCGAGGCAGCCGGGCAGAGCUCUGAUGACAUCAAAGGCAGAAAUGCUCAGUUAUCCCUAAAGACGCUCCGAUGAGACGACAGAUGAAGCCAACGUCCUGUGAGCCACCUGGGGGUCCACACGGCAGGGUGGGCAUCCCCAGGAGAACGUCGGACCUCACCAUGCUCACAUUGUCAUUCAGUUGACAUACAGGCUCUGAAUGGAGCAUUUAUGUGUUGUACAUAUGUGGUUUGCACAGGCUUUAAAUCAGUAUUAUAGUCCAUUUUUAUCUGAGUAAUUUAAAAAACACACAUCAUGUCUCCAUUUUUAAAAAUGCCUCUGUCGGCGCAGAUGAGAGCCCUGUCCCCACCGCCGCGUCAUUCCGUGACGGUAAAUACGUGUGCAGGCGGACCCUCCCUAGACUCGGAGCCGGUUUUAGAAGAUUCCUUAGCUUCCUAAAGUCAUAGUAUCCACAACAGCCUCUUAUUGGCAUGAUUUUCUAGUCUCAUCACACAAACUGCAAAAUCAAACCAAACAAUGCCUUAUACAUGACGCGGCUCGCAGAGAGGAAUGUGUCCCCACACCCAGACGAAGCCACACGGCCUCCAGUGAAUGAGAUGCCACGUCUCGCUCCCGUCUUGCAGUACAGGGAUUCUUUUGCUGCCUGAUGUAAAUAUAACGCAAAUCAAAGACAAGAGUGGGCUCGGUCCCUCCAAGGCCGACCCUAGGGCCCCUUUUGUAUCUGAAUGAUCCUGCAAGUAGCCAAUGCGCUUACUGUUUACACUGCCCCUUGUGCCCAAGUCUGCGUGACCUUCCUCCUGUCCCUCCAAGUCCCCAGCCUCAUCCUGGAAGCCAGGGUGAGGUGAGCUGUAUAAGAUUUCAGUAUUUUCCCUGAAGGUUAGAAACCUGCAUACGUCAUCAUUAAAUUCCUAAUCCUAUCUUGGAGAUCUUUUUUUUUUCUCUCCCCCAAGUGCAGGGUUUUCGUGGAAAACAUGACACGAAAAAUGUAGACUGAAACGUACUCUGAAAUAUCUGCCUCAAAUAUCAGUGCCCCACGCCCACCCGUAGGGAACCUGGAUCCACCCACCAGGCACAUCCUAGCUCCCUUCUGAGCUGAAGGGAACCUAACUGCUCUCAGAGUCCCCCAGCCCCUGUGGUGGCACCUCUCUAGGGGGCAGAAGUAUGUGAGUUCCGCCAGCCCUGACUAUGGACCAGGUCAGGACUGGCUGUGAUCUGUGACCACUCCCCACACACCCUUUUUCUGGAGCUGGCAACGGAAUGGCAGUAUGUUUUUCCUUGCUGCCUGACCCCAUCCUUGGAGGAAAAGCUAUGACAGAGGAAGGAGAGAAAAUAGAAGGAAAGAGACCAAUCCCUCACCUGUGCUCAAAAUAGCUGCAGAUUAAAGGAAAUCAGGGAGGGAGAGGUGGGAAGAGCAGUGAAAAAUAAGUUUCCUCUGAAACAGCCCACUUGUGCACUCACACCUCAGGGACGUAAUGCCCGGAACACGCCAUCCGCGAAAGGUAGACUGUUAGGAGGGUUUUGGCAAACAUGCGACUACACCCGCCUAGCUGCUGUCUGGAGUGGAGACUGAGAUGGUGUCCUCCACCAUUGUUAUGCUUUCUCAUUCCAGACAGAAGCCACUGAACAAGGUCAAAUUACCUUCCCUGGGGAACAAAUCAAGCCAAAUUGUAACAGCCAAAUCGAUGGAAAAGAAGCUUUUGCAGGUCUUCAGCUGUGAGCAUAGCUGAUUUGUUUUAUUGGUUCUGCAAGGUUUCCAAAAGGUCAGAACUUUUUUUUUUUAUAACAGUAUCCACUCCACCUCUCUCCCAGGUGUACAAAAUAAUUACAAGGGUUUUCACAAUCAUGAUUAAGAAGGCGCUAGGUCAAGGCCGUUCCACCUUCAGACUAGACUGCCUGCCCUGAUGAGGUGUUUACACAUUGAUGUUCUACACCGCUAGGAAGGAAAUUCAAAAUAAAAUUCAAGGACAGAGGGAAGGAACGAGCAGAAACCAAAAAUCACAAUUAGGGAGAAAUCUCAGGAAUCUGGCUUCACAUCUCUCCUCCAGACCCAUCACUGAAUUCUCCCCCUUUGACAAAGCUUUUGCGCAAAUAUAGCGCCCCUCCCAUCCUCGUGUGUUCUCGCUGACGCUGUGGUCUGUGACUCCCCCAGUGUUUCAUGUUUAUUUUAUAUUUAUUGAUGUUCCCUCUGCAGGUUUUCUUUGUACCUAAUAAACUUUAAUAAGUGGGAAUGCU